UUAAUGAGCAAGAUUCUCGGACCUAAAGUUAAGUUGAUUACUCCUCUCAUUCUCCAAUCACACCACUCAUUUGCACACCAAAACUUCCUCAAUUCCAAAAGAAUGAAUUAACGCUCGUUACCACUCAGGUCAGUCGCUCACAAACAAAUUUUCAGAAUGUUCACCCUAAAAUCCGCCACUCUCCGUCUUCUACAAUUCAAUCAACUGCACCAACAGAGAUGGCUACACAGCAGAAACAAGAAGGCCAUGGAGUUCAUAGCUAAAGGAUGGAGUGCUUUGAAAGAAGUCGAUAGAGUCAUCGAUUACUGUGAACUCAAUGAUCGACGCCUCAUCCCUCUCCUCAAGACGGCAAAGGAGAAUUUUGAGUUGGCUCUGGAGGCUGACAACUCAAAUACGCAUGCCCGGUAUUGGUUAUCGAAACUGCAUAUGAAGUAUCAUGUUCCUGGGGCAUGUAAAGCCAUAGGAGCUGCAUUAUUGGUAGAAGCUGCUAAUAUGGGUGACCCAGAUGCCCAAUAUGAAUUAGGUUGUCGUUUGAGGGUUGAGAAUGAUUAUGUCCAAUCAGAUCAACAAGCUUUCUAUUAUAUAGAGAAGGCUGUUGACCAGUUGCAUCCAGGUGCUCUUUACCUUCUAGGCGCUGUAUAUUUGACAGGGGACUGUGUGAAGAAAGAUAUUGCCUCAGCAUUAUGGUGUUUCCAUAGGGCAUCAGAGAAGGGACAUGCUGGUGCUGCUAUAGCAUAUGGAUCUCUCCUUCUUAGAGGAGUACAAGUUCCAGAAUCCUUGACAAAAUUCAAUUCAAAGAGGAGUUCUGCUGCAAAAAGAACCAGGAUUAAUGCGCAAAGCCCCUUGAUGAAUCCGGUAGAGAUGGCAAAAGAACAGUUUGAGGUUGCAGCAAGAGCAGGAUGUGAUCUUGGAUUAAAGUGGUUGCAAAGACUUGAGGAGGAAGAGAAGCGAUUACUAACUGAAAAUAGUUCCCCAGCCACAGUCUCUUGA